UUGUUUUGGAUUUGCUUCGUUUCCGAUUUCAAUUUCUUUCACUCUUCUUUUCCAUCUCUCCAACGAAGGCCAUCAUCAGCAACAACACCAACAACAACAACUGAGAGAAAUGUACCACCAACGAACUCAAACUAACAGCAACCACCACCAACAACAACAACAACCAACUCACCCAUUCCAACUAGCACAGCAACAACACUACCACCAACACUUUCAUCAUCCCCAACACCACCAACACCAACAGCAGCAACACCAACAGCAGUAUCAGCAUCAGCAACACCACCAGCAACAUCCACUCAACAGACACCCUCCCCAUAACCCACUCCUGCUCCCAUUCCUCAACCAGCAACAGCCGAUCCACCCUCAACACGCUUUCAAAGCACCUUUUACUACCAACCCACUCCUACUAAGACACCCACCCCCACUCAAUCUAAACCAUCACCUACCAAACCAACUCUUCAACCAUCCACCUCACCCUCACCCUCACCCUCAUCCACACCCUCAUCCACACCCUCAUCCUCAUAACAUCCAAGCUGGCUUCAGACCAAGACCAUUCCUAGCCUCACCCACCACCCCAAGCCCACUUCCAUCCAAACUCAGACCACCACUCAAAUCAUCCCCACAAGCCAUCCAAUCACCAUCCCAACUAUCCUCAUCCAGCUCCUCAUUCCCUCAACGAACCAUCGGAUCACAACACCAACAGCAGUCAACCUCCCCGAGGAAGAAGUUCAAGGUCAGAGUACCACUAGAACAUACUCCAGACUAUCAACUGCCUCAGGACGAAUCUCGAACCAGAUCUCGCUGGACUAGAACCCCACUCAAACUAUCAACCAUCCAACUCUGCUCAGAUCUUGUAUCAGCUCAUCCAACUCAAGCUUACACCACCAAGCAAGAGUACUCUGAUAAACCAUCAAACAAUCAAUUACCCGAUUCAAUCGAUGUUUAUUUACCCGGAAGAGAGGUAUGGGAUGAGUUUCGGAUCGAGAUCCUGUCUGACAAACUCACCGAGCUUGGUUAUCCAACCAAGAUCAAACCAAACAUUCCUUCGAACCUUGAAGAGGAUGAUGAGGAGGGAGAGGAAGAACGAGACUGGCUCCAACGUCUCGAUCUUCGUCAACGUCUACAAGCAUUCCUUGAAGAAAAUUCUCAGUCCACCCUUCAUAUCCCUUCGAUCGCUGGAGUCUUUCCAUUCCCAACUAUCCUCGAACCUGCAGUCCUCUCACCAAACCCUUCAGCCUCCUCUCCCCCAUCGCCUGCACUCAAGCCGCUAACUCCCAACGAGAUUAUACCCAACGAUCUCUCGAGCCCUAGCUCGAUUGCUCCUCUCAUCACUCAUCCUCAAACUUCUCUCUUGACUAAUCCAAGCUCAACUCCACCCGUCUUGCCCUCUCUCAAACCGACCGCUGCUGAAUUCAAACCCACUCUUCCAUCCACUCACCCCUUUUCUUCGAUCUGGGGUCCACCCCUACCCGCCUCUCAGAUCCCACCAGCUCCCUCCCUCUUCCAGCCUGCCCACUUGGUCAAUCCUCCCAAUCCUCCGAUGGCCCCAGCAAGCCCCACCUUGAACGUCGACGGGCAGGAGUGUGAAGAUGAGUUGGUAACAGACAGCGAUCCUGAUCACCAGGAGACUCAAUCCCAUCCCGACUUGGAUCAAACUCACAGCGACUUAGAGCUUUCAAGCUUGGGUGAUCGUCAGUUGGAUGCACAGGAAGAAGAUGACGAUAUCCCAUUGGCCAAGCUUCAACACAGUUUACAACGACAUUUAAUCAAUCCUACUCAACAGACACUGCCAAGAUGCUUUGUCUCUGCUAGCAAUACCGAUCAUGGGGAAUCGGCCUACGAUGGAGAUUCUGAUCGACGCAGUGAUUGUACGAACCCAAGCGACGAGGAUGAGGGACAUAACCAGCAACGACAUGAUACGUUGGCAUUAGCCGGUCGCUCUCAACCGGAUCGGAUCAGCAGCCAGUCAUCUUCACUCUCAACCCCUCACACUCGACUCGGCCGUUCUCACACGUUUGGUUUCAGUCGUCUCAGUAGCACUCGAAAGAGUAUGUCUGCUGGUGAGGGUCAUCCUCAUAAUUGGAUCAACGGAUUCGAGGACGAGGAGGAAGACAUCGUCUCGAAUCCAAGUGACGAGGAAGAGGCGGAGCUUCAUCAACUCCAACGGACUAUCAUUCAGCCCUCCGUUCGCGAACUCGCUAGCCCCGUCAAUCAAUCCGUCGCUGGUUCCAACUUCAAGAACAGCACACCCACCAGCCGAUUCUUAUUGAGCACCAGCACCAGUCCUGAUCAAGCCACCAAUCUGGCUAUCACUGUUGGUCGGGCCACUGGCAGUGUGAUGUCUGUUGGUCUCUUCGAAUCCUCCUCAUCCACCAGUCAUUCAAUCUCCAAGGGAGGAAGUAACAGCGGUUUGAAUGCUUUCGCGGCCGAGUUCAAGCCCAAUUUUGGAUCAUCAACCCCACUCAAUCGCAACCCAUCUAUCACACUCUCCAACCAUCUUGAAAACUCCGGGCCAAGCAAACUCCAGAAAGAACUUGAAACUACCCACGCUUCUCCUCCUGUCAAAGAUACAGCAUCGAACGUCACCGAACCAAGUCCAGUAGUCAUUGCAAGUGCAGCAUCUGAAGGGAUGCCCUCGGUCAUUCUCUUCGAGCAGCCUGUAUCGUCUGCCCCAUUCCAAGUCUCGAACUCAUUGGCAAGUCUUCCAAUGGUCAAGGAAAUCGAUCCAGCUCCAACAGCUCCUCAUACUCUAAAGAUCACCAAUCAACCAGCCGAACAGCCAGGGAAAGACAACAUGCGUACUUUCAAAUUUCCAGCCACUCCGACAUCUCGAAUGGUACUCUAUCAAGCUCAAAUGUCUGGUUCGACUUCCUCCUCUGCUGCCGUACCACCCAGCCUCGCAACCGCCCAGGCUGCCAACCGUCAGCAGCCACCGGAUUCUUUGGCCCCGGGAGCCACGCCUCAUGAUGCACCUAAUAGCUCAGAUCCAACAGGAUAUUCCACUAUAUAUCCUCGAAAAAUCCAUCCAAAUCUGGUGAUCAAUUUGCCUGUUAGCCCAGCCCCUAGCGGAUCUGGCGAAUCUGGCAAUUCGAUCGCACUCCGUCAACGAUCAUCUUUUGAUGAUGACUCUGGAUCCGAACUUUCUCCUUCGGCUACUCGUACCAUGAUCGAUGAAAACCCUGGAUCUUCUACCUUUUACGAGCUGAUUCCUACCCAGCCUCGAUCGAAGUCUCCGGGUCGAAGAGGAGAAGAUCACGAUGAUGAUGAUGAGGAGGAGGAGGAGGACGAAGAAGUUGAACGACGAUCACUCAACUCGCUCGUGUCAUUAAGACAGCUCCAAGAGCAGAAAAAACAAUGGGAACAAUUGUCAUCCACGGAGGUUAGUCAGAGCGGCAAUAGCGAUCAUUCUGAAGAUAAUGAUGAUGAUGAUGAAGAAGAAGAGGAAGAAGAGGAAGAAGAUAGAGACUCAUUCAGAUCCAAUCGAGACAAUCCAUCGACCGAGUCGAUCCGAGUCUUGUUGGACGUUGAUUGUUCCCGCAAGAGGGGGAGUAAACCACCUCAAGUGAACGUACCACCCGGUUCACCAUUCUCACCAUUUGAAGGAUCAUUUGAAGAAGAGCCACCUACCUUGAGACUCCCUCCGCCAAGCCCUCACGUCAUCCUACCUCCCUCCCUUCCGCGACUCUUGGCACUUAAACCCAGCCGGAACAAUCUCGCUCACAGCUUCAAAACCAGCGCUACCAGUCCCCAGGCUUCUUCUCGGAUGAGGCAGGAUGAGGAACUCGAGGGCGUGCCUGAAAUCUCAAUCCGAAGUCGUCACCUCACCCUCUCCCCCAGCCCUCGUUCCCCCUCCACUCGCUGGUUUGCCACAUCGCAGGAUGGGGAAAGUUCGGCCAAGAUCAAACCGGAAAUCUCUGCAGCCGGAGACGAAACCCUAUGUAGUUCUAAGAAGUUAUACCAAGACGACGACGACGAUGAUGAUCAAGAUUCUAGCAGCGGAGAUUCAUCGUCCAAUUCCUCAUUCAUAGUUGAAAGCGAUACGAGGCGAUAUCCAGUCGACGAAGAUGAUCAGAUGAAAUCGAGCCAUGUGAACAAUCAUCAUCGGCAACUGUUCAUGUCCGAUCUCGAAAGAUUAUUAACUCGGAAACUGAAAGGGUUGAGACAAGACCUUGGAGAGUUGCAUAGCUUGAAGGUGGACUGGGAUUCGUUGAAAAGAGAUGCUAUCCUCGAAGAGAUCAAUGUCCGCAUGGACAACAUCCUCAACAGUUGGCUCGGUGGGUCGGGCAAGGAGAAGAUGGGAGGCUCCAUCCUUUCCGACCAGAAAACCGAUCUCAUGGUUGCCGCGAUCGAUCGAUGGGGUUCACAGACUGAGGAGAAAUUGAUUUCCGCAAUCAAAAACAUCCCCUCUCCCGGCGCCCCGGGGAAUCCACCAACCGACUCUGAAGCGACUCGAAGAAUUGAAUCAGCGCUCGAGCUGCUCAAUUCGCGAUUAUCAAUGCCUUCUUUUGGAUUAGAUCUGGACGAACUGACGGGUAGACUAUCUGAGGCUGUCAAGCCACAAAUUGGCCAACUGAUCGACCUCACAUCCGACAAAUCCGAAACAGCUGAACUGAUAUUCAAGCAGCUCAAGCCAUGUUUUGCUCAACUCAAUAGCGAAUUGGGAACGAUGAUCAAAUCAUUUUCCGUCGAGAUGGCCGAUCAUCAGACUGAGAAGGCAGGGGAGGUUCCUGAAUUUUGGAAAGGUUUGGAGGAGCGACUGAUGGGUACCCAAGUCGAGACACAACGAAAACUGUUGGAGGAGCUUGAGAAGCAGUCCACCCAAGAUAAUCUACAAGAACUCAAGAGGUGCACGGAUGAGACGCUUGAAUCGGUGCAUGACUUGGAAGCUAAGAGCUCGAAGAUCUACGAGGACCUUAGUACUCAGAUCGAUCGAGUCGGACAAGAAAUUAGUGGAGACUUGAAGGCGGAGAUCGAGAAGAUGCUUGCGCGACGGACGGAAACGGAUCACUUGAUUGAACAGCUCCGAGCCAAGAAUACUGAACUAGAGUCAAGCGUGAUUAAGGCCCGGGCCGAGUACGGCAAAAUCCGCUCCGAGAGGGCCGUUGAACGGGAGCGCCAACAGGAAGACUAUGCCCGCUUGGCCGCCGAAAAGGAUCGCUUGAAAGACUCCUCUAACACCCUUCGUGCUCAGCUUGAAAGCCUUGGUCGUGAGAAAACUGAAAUCGAGGAUCAGAAAUCUUCCCUCGCCGCCAAUCUUGAUCAGUCAAAACUUCUUGUCGAUCAGUUGAAGGCUAGUUUAGAUAGUCACAAAACUCGAGAAUCACAAUGGGAAAUCGAGAAAGCAGAACAGAAGGAGAAGAUGAGUAAUUUGGAAAUGACAAACCGAUUACAUGAAUCUGAGAUCUCGACGAUGAAGAGAGAGAUGGAGAUGAAGGAAAGGUUUUACGAAAGUCACUCGGCCUCGAGUGCGCGAGAGAUCAAGAGUAUGAAGGAGAGAGAAAGCGAGAUGGCUGCGCAGAUCAAAGGCUUGAUCGAGGAUAAGAUCCCCUUGAUCAAGAACUUCGAUCAGGAGAUUCGUGAUCUUAUCCGACUCAAGUCUGAGGCUGAUGGCGAAAUCCGUACACUGAAGAAGCGAAUCAGUGAUCAGGAUGAGCAAAUUGGAAACUUGCAUCAAAGUUCGGCUUCCAAACAACAAGCAUUAGCGAUGGCCAACCAAAAGCUAUCAGAAUUAGAGAGACGCGGGAAGCAAGAGAGUGAAGGGGUCAAAGCAGAGUUAGAGAAGAUGAAGGGCGAGCUAAGUCGAGUGAGUGCUGAAUCGGAAGCCAAGCAGCAGACGAUGGAGGAAGAAAAGAAGAGCUUGGAGGGGGAGAUGGAGCGGAUGCGGACGGAGGCCGGGAUGGUGAAGGAAGAAGUCGAGGCGGUCUAUCAGACGAUCUCGGUCGAGUUGAAGGACUCUCUCCAGCGCCAGAGCGAGCUCGAGGCUGAGCUGGCUGCCUCGAAGGACGUCACCCAGCUGCUCAAGAACCAGCUCGCCGACCUCCGGGCCCACCAUCUCGAGAAACAGGAGCGCGUCAAUCUCCAGUCGAAUAUGAAUGCUGGCCAGAACGGACUGAUGGUCUUCAACAACAACCAUCAACCGCACUGGAAAGCUGCUGAUAACAAUCACCAAGACCUCCAGCGUUACCGGCCUCCAUCAUCAUCGACAGAGGAAGCAGAGGAGGAGGGACUUGACACACAGGACUCGUCGGACGAGAUGAUCAACUUCGUCAGCUCGACGAUCCCUCUGACUCAAUCCAUACAUGCUCCCCAACCCACGAGUACCGGCCAACAUCCCAAAUUCAUCCACUCUACUCCUGCCGAUAAUUUGGCCAGGUCGAGUAGUCGCCUGAGCACGGGCACUGUCACUAGCUUCAACCACCAUCAUCCUUCCGCCAUCUCACUCCAUCAUCCUCACCAUCACCAUCCUUCUUCUUCUUCUUCUGCUCAUCAGGCCAACCUUCAUCACCUUGGUGAUCUAGGUAGGUCGGUCAGUCCGACUCCUAGUCGUGCGUCUGUCAUCAGUAGAGUCACGAUGACUAUGGAUCAAGAUGGUUGGUGGUCGAGUCAGGACUAUUAAUCGUUCCUGAUCUUUUUUUGUAUAUACACUUUUCUUUCCCAUCCCCCCCCCCCUCUUUGCUUAGUUUUGGGCUGUUUCAUCUUUCCUUUUUUUAUGUGUUUCUGGGGGGGGGGGCGUGGAUACGAGGGUCUCCAUUCAUUUUCUUUCUUACACUUAGAGCGAGAAUAAACUUGAUUAACGAUUUCACAUGUAUGUAUGUCUGUAUGAUCUUGCUCCACAUAACUCGUCGACCUACACUCACAUGCUACAUGAGAUAUACCCUUUGCCUACGUUGCUCCAGUUGAUAAUAUGUUUGUAAUUAAUUGCUUCACAUACUCUGAUCAACAUCCCCUUACUUAUCUUGAUUUGCUCGAUUUGACUAGCUGUUAGUGUUGUGAUGUUGAUGAUUAGUAGGAGUACUUGUCCACCCUUGUCUAGAACUAUUAGUUCUUCCUUACUUCGGCUCGUCCUUCUUCCUUUCUUUAUCUUUCUUUUUUUUUGUUCGGGCGAAUGGGCCCAUUCUUAGACAUUCUUUAGUGGUUUCCUCUCGUGUUUGUUAUAAUUUUAAAUCUCCACUCUCAUUUGUCACACACACACACACACAUUUCCUCUUUUUUUUGCGAAAUGAAUUACGGGUGUUCCCAUUGGUUACGUCUACUCUUAUGAUUUGUUUUUUUUUUGGUGUUCAAUGAUAUGCUGGGCAUGUGAUUCAUAGACGUUCUCUUUUAAUGUUUUACAUAUGUAUGUAUGUGUGGAUGUAAAUAAUCAAUCAAGAAAUCAUGUUUUCUGAUCAUUGUUUGAUUCAAGUUUUAAGGCCUGCUCUGAUAUAUAUUAGGCGUAAUAAUGACCAAUUAAUCAGACAAGAAGAAUAAAAAACAAAAUUAAGCAUUAUAAUCUGAGGGACAACGGAGACCCCCCCCCCC